ACGCCUCAAAUCAAAAUCAAAAGCAAAAUCAUAUUCUUUCCCUUCUGUUUCUGUUAUACUACUACUUUACCAGCUUGUCUACAUCCUUCCAAAUUCCUGCGACUCACAAAUAAAAAAACACCCAAAAAAGCUUCUUUUCACACCAUUUUUACUCCCUCUUUUAUUUUCUCUAAAGUUCUCAUCUUUCUUGCACAUCAACAACAAUGGCUACUCUUUCAGACAUUGGAGUUUCAGCAUUCAUAAACAUAAUCACUGCUUUUGCUUUCUUACUUGCAUUUGCUUUUCUCAGAAUUCAACCCAUUAAUGACAGAAUUUACUUCCCAAAGUGGUAUUUUAAAGGCCAAAGAAAAGACCCUUCUGCUACUAAUUUUGUGGGUAAAUUUGUUAAUCUUAAUGUUAAAACUUAUUUCACCUUUCUUAAUUGGAUGCCUGAAGCUCUCAAAAUGUCUGAAACUGCUCUUAUUGAACAUGCUGGACUUGAUUCUGCUGCUUUUCUCCGGAUUUACACUCUUGGCUUGAAAAUUUUCUUGCCUAUGAUGAUUUUAGCACUUGUUGUACUUGUACCAGUCAAUGUAUCUGGAGGAACCUUAGCUUUCCUAAGGAAAGAACUGGUUACGAGCGACAUUGACAAUCUUUCAAUAUCAAAUGUGCCUCCCAAAUCGUAUAGGUUCUUUGUGCACAUUGCAAUGCAGUAUGUGUUUACAUUUUGGACUUGUUUCAUGCUUUACAAGGAAUAUGAUACAGUUGCAUCAAUGAGAUUACAAUUUUUGGCUUCCCAGCAAAGGCGUGCUGAGCAAUAUACAGUAUUAGUCAGGAAUGUGCCACGUGUCUCAGGCCGCUCAAUCUCAGAUUCUGUAGAUACUUUUUUCAAGAAAAAUCAUCGGAAUACCUACCUCUGCCACCAGGCUGUAUACAACGCAAACAAAUUUGCAAAACUUGUGAGGCAAAGGGAUAAACUCCAAAAUUGGUUGGACUACAACCAACUUAAGUUUGAAAGAAAGCCAGGCAGCAGGCCGACAACAAAGACAGGAUUUCUUGGUCUUUGGGGUGAAAGAGUUGAUUCCAUUGACUACUACAAAGAGCAACUGAAGCAGUUAGAGAAAAAAAUGACAAUGGAGCGCCAGAGAGUUCUCACGGACCAAAAGUCCAUCCUGCCUGCUGCUUUUGUUUCUUUCAAUUCGCGGUGGGGUGCAGCCGUAUGUGCACAGACAGAACAAAGUAGAAAUCCUACAUUGUGGUUGACAAGUUGGGCUCCCGAACCUCGUGAUGUUUAUUGGCGUAACCUAGCCAUACCAUUCGUUUCCCUCACUAUCAGAAAAUUUGUGAUUGGGGUAACUGUUUUUGCCUUGGUGUUUUUCUACAUGAUACCUAUUGCUUUUGUGCAAUCUCUUGCAAAUCUUGAAGCUUUGGAAAGAGUUGCUCCGUUCCUGAGGCCUGUCAUAGAAGUGAACAUUAUCAAGUCUUUUCUACAGGGUUUCCUUCCUGGUCUGGCACUGAAAAUUUUCUUAUUCAUUCUCCCAGUUCUUUUGAUGUUCAUGUCAAAGAUUGAAGGACAUGUAGCUUACUCCAAACUAGAGCGUAGAGCUGCAGCAAAAUACUACUAUUUCAUGUUGGUGAACGUGUUUUUGGGAAGCAUAGCUACUGGAACAGCUUUAGGUCAACUUGAUGCUUUCCUCCACCAAUCACCUACUCAGAUACCAAGAAAUAUCGGUGUAUCAAUUCCAAUGAAGGCUACCUUUUUCAUUACAUAUAUAAUGGUGGAUGGUUGGGCUGGCAUUGCCAGUGAGAUUCUUCGCUUGAAGCCACUUGUCAUUUUCCAUUUGAAAAACAUGUUUAUAGUCAAAACUGAGCGAGAUAGAGAUAGGGCUAUGGAUCCUGGAAGUGUUGAUUAUCCCGAGACUCUACCGAGCCUGCAGCUUUACUUCCUCCUUGGUGUUGUCUAUGCUGUAGUUACUCCAAUACUGCUGCCUUUUAUAAUCAUCUUCUUUCUCUUUGCUUUCCUUGUUUACCGUCACCAGAUCAUCAAUGUGUAUAUUCAACGAUAUGAAAGUGCAGCUGCAUUCUGGCCACAUGUUCACAGCCGCAUCAUUGCUAGCCUUUUGAUAUCUCAAUUGUUAUUAAUGGGGCUUCUCAGCACGAAGAAGGCUGCUAAUUCUACUCCCUUUCUCAUCAUUCUACCCCUACUGACCUUUGCAUUCCACAAGUAUUGCAAGACCCGUUUUGAGCCUGCAUUUAAUAAAUAUCCCCUUGAGGAAGCGACAGAAAAGGACGAGCAAGAGCACACUGAGGAAGCUGAUCAAAACGUAAAACCCUACCUCGCUGAUGCAUAUCUGCAUCCCAUCUUUCAUUCCUUUGAGGAAGUAGACUGUGAAGAGCUCAAAGUCGAUGCAGUUCGGGUUGACAAACACCAUGCACAUGUCUCAAGUCCCUCAGCUCGAAUCGAAGAAAGCUCGGCUUCUCCUCCUGCACAACCGGCGGCUCAAUAUUACAGUUACGGGCAUGAUUUUCAUUCUUAUAAUUAUUACCAUCACCAUGAGGUGCAAUCUUCACACUAUGAGCAUCAUUAUCAAGGUUGAUCCUCGAGCUACUUAACCAAGUGUGCUAACGACUGAACUUUUAGUUUUUAGUUCCAACCAAGGUUUAUUGAUGUGUUUUUCACUUUCUACACUCUCAGGAGCUGUGUUAAUUCUGAUGUAGAAGUAGUAGUUAACUAGUUAUCAUAACUAUAGGGAAAAUGCUUCUUAGGUAGUCUUUCGUGGAAGGCUUGAGGUACGUCUUCAGUUAUUGAUAAUAGGUGUUUUGGAGGGUUCAAUGCUAUAGAACGUGUGGGCUUUGUUCCUCUUUAAAUCUUUCUGUGAGAGGUUACAGUAAAUUAAGUUAUAGCUGGUGUAAAUUAAUUUGUAGUUCAGAAUCGUAGCUUUUAACAUCUACAUGUAGAUAGUAAAGUAAAUGUUGUUAGGGAAACUACGGAAAUAAAAAGGGUUACAAGAUGAACAAUAUUCUAGACGUGAUUUACUUUCCCAAAAGUAAUAUUACGACCCUAUUCGUAAGCACAGGUUUUACGGAAUUUACCUUCGAGAUACAAAGAAGAAAACAAUUGUGGUCACGCUUAUUAUGAACAUUAUCAAUUGAAAAUGAGUUUGUGAAA